AUGCGCCACGCUCCAGAAGACGUUAGGCGCCUUCUCUCAUCCGCCUUCAAUGUCCUUGACCAGACUCCUCCUCCGAGUCUGCGCGAGAUCUUGUCCGCAUACCGAACAAAAGGCGACGGUGAUCGCGACAUGCUGCUUGCCAUGCUCAACGCGAAGACUGCUGAAGAUCAGCGACUCGCAUCAAUGGCGUCUCUACAGCGUACUAUGUUGGACAUCUACCAGCAAUCCCCUCCCAGCCCAGAACCUGCACCCUAUUCGCGGCCCAUCGCGAACGGCGCGUACAAUUACCCAACCCCGCAGUUUAACCAAUCACCCCGCCUCUGCGAUCAACCACCAUCUCGUCGUGCGCACCACCGUCAUCGUGCUGCCUCUCGCAGUCGGUCGCCCCCACCCCGUGGGCAUGUAAAUAUGUUGCACCGAGACGUCCCCAUACCACAUCACUCUGAGCAACACCCUCGAAAACGUCAUCGCCCAACCCAUUCACCGCAUGUGCCACAUGCUGCGGUCUAUGAAACAUCACACCCCUCCGAGCAAUUCCCCCCUUCACCUUACUCUUCUUCGGGUCGAAGUGACUCCGCAGAAUACUCGCCCCGAUCACGAGCGUCUAUGACCAUUGGCAAUCUCCUGUCCACAGGUCCAAGCCGCGAAAUGCACGGAGACACGCCCUCGGAACGUGAUUAA